GUCACGAAGGUUCAAUUGGUACUUUUUCUGCAACUUGAGCGAUUUCUCUUUGACGACGAGUGAGGGGAUCCCCACGCGUGGCCACAUUCUGAAGAAAGAGCAUGGGGGGUGGCCACUGUCUCCUGUGUGCAAUGGUCCUUGGAUUGUUCUUCAAAGGCAUUAUCACUGCUGGAGAAGAUGGAUCUAAAAAAGGUGGAUCAAUCAAGGUGAAUCAGGAUGGAAAAAUCAUCAUUCUGGAGUGUGAAAACAACCCCCCCAUGAUAAACUGGGAAAAAGAUGGGAUGGAUUUAAGCCACAGUGAAACCCAACUGCGCCUGGGCUCUGUGAUGGAUGACCCGAGAGGUGUCUACCAGUGUGUCAAUGGAAGCAAAACAACUCUGCAGGUGUACGUCCGAAUGUGCCAGAACUGCAUCGAGUGGAACCUACCCACAAUCAUUGGGCUAACACUAGCCAGCCUCGUGGCCACGUCAUUCCUGGGUGUCGCCGUGUACUGCAUUGGUGCAGAGGAGUCGGGCCAGCGAUCUCGAGCUUCUGAUAAGCAGACUCUGCUAGCCAAUGAUCAGCUCUACCAGCCCCUUGGAGAACGCAACAACGGGCAAUACAGCCACAUUGGAGUAGCCAAGUCCCGCCACCGGUGAAAGGGGGACGAAUUGGUCUGCUGCUGCCCUUCCUGCCUAGCAUUUAACUUGAUGGGAUUGCUGACCGUCCGUUGCUGCAUUGGUGAUCAAGAGUUCGAGAAUGAAAGUUGUUUCAAGCAGCAGAUAAGGAAGCAAAAAGAGGAGUCCAAAUCUUGCUGUGCAUUCAUCUCAGAAGGGCACACCCAUUUUUUGUAUUCUGUAAAGGGGUGAGCCGCUGGCCUCUGUUCCCUUACCCAUGGUUUUAAGUACUCCUAUAUCUAAAAAGUCAAGGGGUAGAAUAUUUCAUAGCAGCCAUUUCUUUGCUAAACUGAAGGGCUGCUGUUGUGGGGGUGCUUAACCAGUUGGAGCAUCUUGGCAAACACCCCCCUUGGCAGGUUGCCUAGAGGUGGGCAGCACUACGGUGCAGCCAAUCAGAGGCCUGGGCCUUAGGGGCCUCCUUUUUUUUAGGAAUGGAGAUGAAGGGUGAGUUCAGCACUUUUCGUCUCUAUGUAACUAAAAUUCCGUUUCUUUAUUUCAUCCCUGUGCAUCCGAUGUCUUCCCUAAUAAACAUUUUUGCUUAUUUUCUUCUUUCAA